AUGCAGGAGGGGGAGUAUAUAGAGGAACACGGGUUUCUAUACAAGGACAUGAUGAUGGAGAAUCACUGGCCCCUCACAUCACUGGAUGGGCCCAGUAACAGAGAUACCCCAGAGAGAUGUCCCCGUCCUCUGUAUUCCCAGGAUUGUACAGAGGAGAAUCACAGGAUCCCACAGGAGGAUCAGGUAGAAUGUCUGUCUGAUAUUAAAAUAGAAGGUACAGAGGUAGAAGAAGAGACAUAUGUUACUGAUAUAAAGGCUGAAGAUAUAGAGGGAGAAGAAGAGACGUAUGUGACUGAUAUAAAGGCAGAAGAUACAGAGGGAGAAGAAGAGACGUAUGUGACUGAUAUAAAGGAAGAAGAUAUAGAGGGAGAAGAAGAGACGUAUGUGAAUGAUAUAAAGGCAGAAGAUAUAGAGGGAGAAGAAGAGACGGAUGUGACUGAUAUAAAGGCAGAAGAUACAGAGGGAGAAGAAGAGACGUAUGUGACCGAUAUAAAGGCAGAAGAUACAGAGGGAGAAGAAGAGAAGUAUGUGACUGAUAUAAAGACAGAAGAUAUAGAGGGAGAAGAAGAGACGUAUGUGACUGAUAUGAAGACAGAAGAUAUAGAGGGAGAAGAAGAGACGUAUGUGACUGAUGUAAAGGCAGAAGAUAUAGAGGGAGAAGAAGAGACGUAUGUGAGGGUUGAUCAGCAGUGUAAGGAGGAGGAGAUCCCUACAGAUAUCAAACACAAAGCUUAUUACCCAUCAUCCAGCUAA